AAGACCGUACGGUCACACUUGUUUACAUCAGUGGUGAGCAGAACGUGUUCGAAGUCGGUUAGGAUUGACAAGUAAACGGCAAUUGACAAAAUGUGGUUCUAUCUAGCCCUGCUGGCAGUCACUUUGGCAGUGUUUUGGGUUCGGAAAAGGUACUCGUACUGGAAGGACCGGGGAGUGGCUUAUGUGAAACCGAUGUUCCCCGCCGGGAACCUUAAAGGCUUUGGGAAUAAGGAGCAUAUUUCUACCGUCAUGGAACGUUGCUACAAGCAGCUGAAGGGAACCGGCCCAUUCGGAGGUAUUUUUUUCUUCACGAAUCCGGUGGCGAUCGCGUUGGAUUUGGACUUUAUAAAAACUGUGCUGGUGAAAGAUUUUCAAUACUUCCACGACCGAUCGGUGUACUACAACGAGAAGGAUGAUCCUCUGUCGGCCCAUCUCUUCAGUAUGGAAGGAACGAAAUGGCGCAAUUUGCGGGCUAAACUGACGUCCACAUUCACCUCCGGCAAGAUGAAGAUGAUGUUUCCAACGAUCACCGGUGUUGCCGAAGAGUUUCAGAAAUUGAUGAUCCAGGAAGUGCAGCGGGGCGACGAGAUUGAGAUGAAGGAAAUUCUGGCCCGAUUUACAACGGACGUGAUUGGAAGUUGUGCCUUUGGAUUGGAAUGCAACAGUUUACAUGAUCCGGAGGCGGAGUUUCGGCGAAUGGGGAAAAAGGUGUUCGAGCCUAAUACGGCUCGGUUAAUUAAAGUGAUUUUGGCACAACAGUUCCGUUCAAUAGCUCGCGCGCUGCAUUUUGCCGCGGUGGACAAAAAUGUUUCACGUUUCUUCAUGGGUGCCGUGAAAGAUACUGUUGAAUAUCGUGAGAAAAAUAAAGUGGAAAGAAACGAUUUUAUGAAUCUGCUGAUAAAGUUAAAAAAUGCGGAAGCGAUUGAAGAAGGAUCUGCUAAUAAUUUAGGAGCAUUGACUUUAGAGGAAGUAGCAGCGCAAAGCUUCGUGUUUUUCCUUGCUGGUUUUGAGACAUCAUCUACGGCAAUGUCCUACUGCUUGUACGAGCUAGCAUUGAAUUCGGAACUUCAAGACAAGGCACGAGCUGAUGUUAUGGAGACAUUGAAAAAACACGGUUCAAUGACAUAUGAAGCAAUUCAGGAAAUGAAUUACAUCGGUCAGUGUAUCAAUGAAUCUCUUCGAAAGUAUCCACCGGCUUCCAACAUCACUCGAUCAGUAACCAAAGACUACAAAGUUCCCGAUACCAAGAUUACCCUCGAACAGGGUUCCACGUUGGUUAUCCCGGUGUACGGGUUGCAUCAUGAUCCAGAAUAUUAUCCAAAUCCCGAGCGUUAUGAUCCAGAUCGAUUCACACCGACACAGGUGGCCAUGCGGAAUCCAUAUUGUUUCAUCCCGUUCGGCGAGGGACCAAGAAUCUGUAUCGGUAUGCGAUUUGGAUUGAUGCAGGCCCGGGUUGGUUUGGCUUAUCUUUUAAGAGACUUUCGGUUUACACUGUCCAGUAAGACACCGGUGCCGUUGAAAAUCUCCCCCGGUAGUGCAGUGUUGACUUCGGAAGGAGGGUUGUGGCUGCACGUGCAGAAAUUGUAGAUUGUUAUUUUAGCUAUGAACGUAUGAUUAGUGCUUGAAACGUUUAGUGUGCCUGUGAAAUAGCAUUUAUUUUGUGCAAUAAAUAUACAUAUAAUUAGUUUCUAUCAAGUUCUAUAGUGUUAAGCAGUGAUGUUCAAUAUGAGGCUGAAAUAUAUAAUUAAAAGAAAGAUUAGAAA